AUGUCAUACAGACCUAUUCUUAUAAAACCAACCUCAAACGGGGUACGAUCUUUCCGUACCAGCUCCCAAUUUGUCCGAUUCGAACUUCCCACAAUCAACAGGGAUGACAGGACGGGCCAUAUCUGUCCAUGCGAAGAGUUGACCAGCACUCUUCGACCAUUGAGUAUCGAUGAUGCCUUGAUACCCAUGGGUGGGAGUGGUAGGGAAAGCUCAACCGGAUCCUCAUCAGUCUCAAGAUCAUCUACUAUUCUCAAAAAAGGAAUAGAAUCCGUUACAUCCCACAUCAGAAAGUCUACUUCGACUACAUCCGCUGAAAACAGCAAGAACGAAGUUGAGUCUGAUGACGAUUCUUGGGGCAAAUCGGAGGAAUGUAUCGGAGAUACAUAUACUUGGUCCGGGGUCAAAAGGGCUAUCAAAGAUCGGGAAGAUUGGCUUGGUAUUUCUUCAGAUCGAAAAGUCCCCUUGUGGAAGCGGCCAGAUGACAAACUGGUACGACUAUUCUAA